AUCCAGAGACAACUGCAAUAAUUAUACUCAUUGUAUGAAAUUCAACCCUUAUUUAGGGCUUAGCAAGAAUUCUUGUUAGGGUUUGCAGUCUUCUCUUCUUCUUCGGUGUAUUUGUUUGUGUUUUACAAUAUGCCGGAUUUUUUGGGGUUGUUGAGUGCUAGAUUGCAGCACAAGGGCAUAACACUCAGAAAAUAAAAGAGUGUACAGUUUUGCUUGCCUCCUUUGUUUUGUUUAGUUUUGACAGAAGAAUAUAUUUAUGUGCAAUGCUUUUUUUUGUGUGGAGAUUUGUUUAUUUUCUGUGGGGGUGUAGGUUUCUGUGUGCGGUCAUAUUUUUGGAUUUGGGCCGAACAAUAUUCAAUGCACUCAUGAUAUAUAAAUUGUAGUCCACAUGCGAAACCAGAGGCGGAGCAAUGCUGUGUUAGUCAUAAUCCAAUUGGAAUCCUGGGGUGUACUUUGCUAAUGGAAAGAUAUGAAAUUAGUCUAUAACAAUGAUUCUCUAUCUAAAGUUCGCAGUUUUUUUGGGGGUUCUUGGGGUUUCAUUUACUUCUGUUUUUCCCUCUCCUUCUAUCAUAUGAAAAAACUGAGAGUUCUUCAUAAAUGUUUGAUGCAGAUGUUUGGCGGUAAACUUUUAUACUGAAAAGCGCUGGAUUGUACAUUGAUUUUAGCAGCAAUUUUGUAUGGCUAGGCUGAAAAUAGGAUCAAAGGAUUUCUAAUUGAACAGUGCCAUACGCAGCAAUUUGUGGUUUUAAGUGAAAAUCGGUAUAAUCAAGCUGUUUAGGGGCGAGAAUAGCUCCAGAGGGUUUAUAACCAGGACUUCAUAGUAUCUCCAUUUACAGUUGAAUGAUGGUUACUCUGCUAGAUGUUGUAAGAAAGGCAGCCGCAGAAGAGGUAGAGGGUACCUCAAAAUGUUCUCUCACUCUCAAUGGGGAUGCCAUCCUCCAGAGCCUCUUCGACGAAAAAGCCACAGCCACAGUCACAGAUGCAGAUAAACCUUUGAGGAGACUUUCUACCUGGAAAACCUAUGAUAAAGACGAACGGCUAAUUUGUGCAGAAUCAGAGACGUUGAGGAAUCUCCUUUUUACUACCCCGGCUAAUUUAACCCCCAAAACGUUCUCUUCUCUCAUAAACCCCUUUCUUAACAUGGUGCAGGAGCAGAUCGAAGGGAAAACUAAUAAGUCAGAGAACACCCUUAAUUUGCUAGAGAAGGUGGGGCCUUAUCUGGGGCGGGAACUUGUUAAGGAAAUGGUUAGAUUUUGUGUGGAGCUGAGGUUGUGGAGGCACUUGACGCUCCUCCUUGGGCUUUCUUUACCGACCAGCUUGUGUCUACACAUCCACCUGGUUGAGAAACUGAAGGAAGCAAAACGGAGUGACAUGCUAUGUCUCAUGCUGGAAAGAAUGACUGAUAUUCAACCAUCCGAUUUUCUGCUCAUUCUAAGCUAUUUUCUCUGUCCUUCAAAAGAUGAUAACACCAUGAGCUCCUUUCGAAAGGAACGGAAGCAGCAAGCAUUGAAGGCAAUGGAAAUGGAGGAACACAAAAGAUCUGAUUUUGCCUUUCAGCAGACUGCUCUGCUAGUAGCCACUGCUUUUGACAGGUUUUCAACCACUGAUUUCUGUUUCCAUUUUGUGGUAUCAGCAUCAGUUGAUGAAAAUGUAUUGGGAUGGGUUAUUGAGCGGAUUGACAACAGGGAGGUUUUAAAGCUGGUCAGGUACCUAUUAAAAUGGUUGGCAGUGUACUCAUCUUGCCACUUGACAGGACCUUUGGAUUUUCCUGCAGUUAAUGUUUCUAGGUGGGUGCCUUCCUUGGUUUCAGUGAUACAGUGGGCUAGUGUUAUUUUGGAUGAGAGCUUCUCGACUCUGUUGCUUGGCACUGAAUUUCAUGCUGAGUUCAAGUCAAUGGAGGAGACAGUUAAGAAUAUGGUUGAAGUAGCUUCAGGAGCUUCUUCUUUAGCAAGUAUUGUGGAGCUUCUGAGGUCAAAUCCCAUACUUCCCAACAACUACACUAAUUCAAGUGGGUAUGUUGAUAUGAUAUCGAUUUUGCAUUAGUUGAUGCCGAAAGACACUACUCUUGAGUUGCAAUUGUGAUUUUUGAGUUCUUUCAUUAUGACCUUGCAAGUUGUUAGUCCAAUCUGUUAAAGAAGCCUGAAAUCUCUAAAAAUGUAGGAUCAUGGCAAGUUGAAGGUCAUGGGGUAGAUGAAUGCCAUCUCAGAAUGAAAGAAAAUAUUUGCGAGAAGUGAAGUUAUCUUGGAAGAAACUCUAUGGCAAUAGCGGGGUUUGUUUCAAGUGUAUUUUCAGUAAAUGCUUGUAUAAUUUAGAGAGAUUUCUCCUUCUCAUAAAAACGUGAGCACUACAAGCAUGGUUAUUCCAACUGAUUGUGACAGUAUUAUUAACAGCUGUUGGGAUACUGUUACAUUCCAAUAUUUUUGGAGUUCUUCUGUAAUUAAUUUCUAAUCAACGGAUUGAUUGUUGCAUUUGAUA